AUGAGCGUCCGUUUAGACUUCAAACAUUCGGACGAUCAGUACAACAAACAGACUCCCACUACUACACCUCCGGUCACGGUUCAUCAACUGGCAGAACCAACGCGAUUCACCAAGAAAGACUCGCCGUCGACCCCGAUGAUAUCACCAGAGAAACCUGAUGCAACGCCUUUCCCACCUAAGGUCAACACGGAAGAUGGAUGGCGUGAGCGUGAACGUCGCAAACGUGAAAAGCGUUCACAGCCUCAGGAUGAGCAGACUAGUCCCGCUUCUAGACCGUUCAAACCUACUAAUUAUCAUUUCACGUCGAAUAUCCAGGAGAAUGUUUCUAUUGAUCAGGUGCAGGAACAGCUGCUCGACACCAAAGUUACCCUUCCAUUGCACGACAUUCUCAGCGCUUUGUCAGAACUCCAGAAGCGGUUUGCAUCACUCACGAAAACGUGCAAAGAAUUUGGCGCGAAAGCCUCGAUCUAUGACUGUGACGAAGUGGAUGAGGACAACACAUCUGCGGACAUGCCACAAUCAGGUAAAGAACAGACCGCACAAGCGUUACUGAUGUUUUCAACCAAGGAUGAUUUGAUGCAUAUCCUCGAAUGGUAUGCAGGCGCUGUAUCGCUUGGUGCCAAGUGGUUCUUUGCCAUGGCUUGUGGAGUGGUACAGGCUAAGUUCGGCACUAAAGAUGUUACUUUUCUUGUAGAUUCGGGUUUGGAGCUCAACCUCAUCUUGAGACACAUUUUCGAUCAAUCAGGAGUCGACAUUGAUGAAGAUGGAGCUCGCUGGUCUUUGCGUGGCAUCUAUGGUGAUCCGGUCCCUCUUCUUGGUUGUUGUAGGGAUGCGCACAUCGAGAUCCACGGCAAACGUUUUGACCAUCACUUCUUCGUCAGUCGUUCGGAAACCGGAAAUCAUGACGGUAUCCUCGGUCAACCCUGGUUACAGUGGUUUGUGGCACGUAUAGACUAUGAACGCGCUGGUUCCAUGACACUUCAGGCCUUCCCGUCAGGUUGCAAAUCCGAUGAAUCCGUCAAGAUCAUAGUUGUGGGACCCGAUCAUCAACAAAACGCAGACAGACUUGUGCCGGACGUGCUGUCCGAGCCUUCCCUGACUGAAGGGAGCACGUCCGCCUAUAUCCCAAGGCUCGGCAAGACUCUUCACUGUUUAUUGGGUGACGUAAAUUAUUCUGAUCCUCUCGAUGCGCUAAAUGCUAUUUCUCUCAAUCCUCCUGAAACUUUUGACCAUAUGCUACAUCACGUACAUCACACGCUCCCCUCUUCUAGUGUGCCGCUACCUUCGCCUUGGACAACACGUGCCUUGAACGAGCACGCCUCGCGAGUUUACGCCGUCAAUCGUUACAAGCCGGUUCAUCGCAAAAAAUUCAAUCCAGUGGAUAUUCCACCUUUCGUACCACUUCCGACGCACCCCCCGCCAUGUUCAGAAUUUACUCCCACUGAACGAAUGACUCAAGAACGACUAGACACCAUUAUGGCCAAGAUUGAGCCAGGAUUCCUCUCAGAACAAGAACUCGAUCUUAUCGCCUUUGUCCUUGUUCGUCGUCAGAAUGCCAUUGCAUGGACGGACGAAGAACGGGAACACACACCUUGGAUCUGCCCUCCGUUCAAAAUUCCAGAAGCCAUCAAGACUGACGUUCGCGACACGGUCCUGAAGUACCGCGAUCUUGGCAAAUAUGAAUAUUCCUCAGCAUCAUAUCGAUCACAACUCAUGGCAGUACUCAAGAAGUCAGGCGCCAUUCGUCUGGUCCAUAACCUCGAAGACCUCAAUGCUGUCACAAUUCGUGAUUCUGCACUCCCUCCAAACAUUGAUGAGCUCGUUGACAGUUUUGUUGGACGACAUAUAUAUAUGAUGGCUGAUCUGUUCUCAGGGUUCAAUGCUCGCAUCCUCGCUACAGAGUCACGCAAUUUGACAACAUUCCACUCCCCAGCUGGACCGAUGUGA